GUGCUGACAUGCGUCAUCAGUGGGCGUGGCAUCAAGCGAAAAAGAAAGUUCUCUCGACGUUUACUUUCAAAGCAGACAGCCUGUUCAUUGUUUGCCGUUACUUAUCCAAUACAACAAUGCAAACAUAACUUUCCAAUUGUGAAGAGCAUCUGUUUCAGUGGAGGAUCUCUACGUGUACUGAAAAUUAAAGGGAUCGAAAUGAGUUCCUCCCGUCAGAAAGGGGGUAGACAUCUUGCAAAGUACCAUGGCUUGUUGAACCAAGGAGCAACGUGUUACUUGAACAGUGUGCUGCAGGUGCUGUUCAUGACCAAAGACUUCAGAGAGGCUGUGGAAAGCUACAGCUGUGACAAUGAUUGUAUGGAUCGUCGUCUUAAAAGAUUGUUUGAUAAACUGAGGACAGGCAAAACAAACACACUGGAUAUCACAAAGAUAUUGUGCAUCAAAAAAGUGCAUGAACAACAUGAUGCUGCUGAGUGCUUUGAGAAGAUUCUGACUUGUCUGACCUGUGCUCACGCAUCAAACAUAUUCCAAGGACGGCUGACACACGAGAACACCUGCUCUUCAUGUUCUAACAAGUCAGUCACUAAUGGUCCAUUUUGGAGUCUGCCUCUUGAAUUGGUGAAAUCUCAGGAAAAGACCUACACUGUGGUGGAGGGCAUUUCCAAGUAUUUCACAGCGUUAGCUGUCAGUGGAUCGAAUCAGAUAUACUGUGACGAGUGUGCUGCAAAAUCUGAUGCGACUAAUGAAUUUGUAAUAAACGAGCAUCCAGAAGUUCUGACGCUGCUGCUGAAGAGAUUUAAGUUUGACGACCGUCGCAUGGAACAUGUGAAGAUAAACUGCAGUGUGGAGGUUCCCUACACCCUACAGAUACCACAGAGUCAGACGUAUGACCUGUACGCGUUUGUGGAUCAUUUUGGAGAUCUGAGAGGUGGACAUUACACUGCUACAAUCAAGUCCCAGGAGGAUGAGAGAUGGUAUAACUUCAAUGAUACCACUGUCACACCGCUUCGUUACCCGCCAUUCCAGGUGCAUGACAAUAAGAAGAGAUCCCAGAGUGCUUAUCUUCUUUUCUACAGGAAAAAGAAAAUGCAUGCUGCAGACGCUUUGACUCAAGACACCAGAGACGCGUUGACUUCCAAAGAGGAAGAUUGUGGCAAACAAAGACAUGAGAAGAUAGACAGAACUGGAGCUGAUGGCGGGAAGAAGGCAGCAUGUACUACAAAGGGUGUCACCUCUGCUCAGUCUUAUACUUCACAUCAUCAACAAAAUCAGCAACAGAGACAGGAGAAACAGAUUGUGGGAGAAGUUCAUGGCAAGACAGGUGGGAAGAGAGGAAAAAAAAAAAGGCAAAAAACAAAAAGAGAAAGUCGCUAAGAAAAGGAAUGGUGAGGGAGAUGAUAUUACCAGUUUCUCAAAGGCCUUAAAAGGUUUGAACCUGAAAGACUGAUCUUCUAUCUAAACAAAUUCACAGUCAAAAUCACUGAAAAAGGAAAUGAUCAUGGAAACAGAAAAGGACAGAAAACAAGCACAAAGUACACAUUUUGUCCAGGAUGAUGAAAAUUGUUAAUUUGCAACACUGCAUGUUCGGGUAAUCCACAAGAUUCUCUUAUUUUUUGGUGGACCCACAACGAGCAGUGCCAUUGGAGGACAAUAGAUGUCACAGGAAAAGUAAUAAACAAUUUUUUUAAUUUCAUAUUUUAAUAGGCAUUAAAAAUAAGAAUGUAUGUAUUCCCAGUUUUAAAUUGCCUUUUCAAAUAGUUUUUCAAAUUUUAUUAUUUAUUCAUGAAUUAAGAAAUGUAUUUCUGAAAGGUUCAUUUAAUGAGUGUUUAUGCUGUUUUUGUUAUUAUUGAUGGAUUAAUUGUUCAUUUAUAAAUUAUUUUUACAAUUCUAUUUUCAUAUUAAAAUAUGAAAUUAAGGAAGUGCUUUAUUACUUUUCCUGGGACAUCCCUGGUCAUCCAUAAAGACCAGACCUAUAAACACCAUUCUCCAUGACUGAUUACCUGACUCAUUAAGUGAUCAAGUUACACCAUUGGUCAACCAGACGAGUGUUGGAUUUUUCCCAUUAGUCACUGCCCUUUCAAAACGAAUUGGGGCAAACAAGCAGUAUUGCCAACUUGAUGCCUUUGUCGCUAGAUUAACAGUUUGUCCAACCUCUUCAGUGACUUUAAAAAAACAAAACAAAGGCACAACACUCUACUACUCUGUUCAGUCGGUGGCAGAGAGGCGGAGCAGCCGUUUAUUACCCAAACGGAGGUAGAAGAAAGAUAUUCUGUUGCUUCUAACUUUCUCCUUGAGCUAUAAUUUUGUAUGUAAAUUUAGCCAAAAUCUUCUUUUCUGUUGUCUUUAAUCUAUGUGUUUGGUGAUUUUGAUAGACAGCGCUACUGUUAUACAACAAAAUGUUGUCACUCUUAAUGGCCCAUGAGAACAGCUUUAUUGGGAAUUGGGCUAUAUUUAAAUACUGUAUAUGUGGACACAGAGCGAAAGAGAGAAGUCAACAGACAAAGAGCUGAUACCAGCUGACACUGGGCAGAAUAAAACUGUGACGCAAUGAUGUCAUUGGUUUACAGGUUCCACAACAGAUUUCAACUAUGUCCUCAAUUUUGUAUUUACCAUACGCAGUCCAGCCGGAUGCUAGAUUUGGACCUCGUCUUGUUAAUAGAUGCUAAGCCAUUCUGCACUGUACUUGAUAGAUAUGUCUAUUCUGACUGUCUGUAGAUAGCACUCUUUGUUUAGUCUUGUUCAGUCUGUUUAACAGAUCACCUUUUCUGUUUUUUCGUUAAUGUAAAAUACAUAACUUCCUGCUUGCCACAGGAAACGAAAAGCAAAUGAAAAAGAGAGAGGGUUGUUUCAGAUAAAAGUGUGGAUUUAUUCCAUCAGUUUGUAAUAGAAAGUAAUGCAACGAAAAGGACUUUAAUGACUUCACUUGUUGUUCUCACUUUCUUCAAUUUUGCAAUUUAUACAGUUGAAGUGUAUUGACAUUUUAUUUUUUAAGAAUACUUUUUAAGAAUUGUUCAGAGAUACAUAAAUAAUACUGGAUGUAACAUAUAAAAUGGUUUCAAACAAAAGAUUGUAGGAGGAAAUAAAAUUCAAAUGUAAACUUGA